AUGUCUUCCCUCUGGAACGCUUUCACUGGCGGCAAUAAGCCCGGCCACCAACAGCAACAGCAGCAGCAGUCACAGUCGCUACCUACGACGCAAGAACCCGCGCAUUACUCUUACGACCCCACGGAAGGCCAGGGCGUCGAGUCCUUCCUCCAGAGCUCUACCUUUGCCGACCCCUCGCAAUUACAUCCCCUCGCCGGCCUCAACAGAGACACGCUCGAAUAUAUUUCCCUCGAGGACUCAGCCUUGUCCGAACUGCCUGGUGGCCAAUCAGUCCUGCCCUCGCGUGGCUUCACAGACGACUUGUGUUACGGCACCGGAAUCACAUAUCUCACUGGCUUGGGAGUAGGAGGUGCCUGGGGUCUACAGGAGGGUCUCCGGAGGUCGGCCGGCCAGCCUCCCAAGCUGCGAUUGAACGCUGUUCUGAACUCGGUUACCCGCCGAGGACCUUUCUUGGGUAACUCUCUUGGUGUCGUCGCUAUCAUCUACAACUGUAUCAACUCCCUGAUCGGAACAGUCCGCGGCAAGCACGAUGCCGGAAACACUGUCCUCGCUGGUGCGCUGAGUGGUAUGCUCUUCAAGAGCACUCGUGGUCUUCGUCCCAUGGCCAUCUCUGGUGGUAUUGUGGCAUCCGUAGCUGGUGCUUGGGCUAUUGUGCGACGAUCUUUCUUCCCUAUCCCCGAGCCCGUUGCCGCGCAUUCUUCUGACGAGCUUACUCUGUAA